UCACCAAAACCACCACCCAUGAGUGUCCUGCCUGCAGUAGUCACUGAAGCUUUUGGAGUAGCACUGGUGGGUUACGUAGCAUCACUAGCACUUGCCAAAGCCUCUGCUAAAAAGUUUAAAUACACUGUGGAUGAUAACCAGGAAUUUUUGGCUCAUGGCCUCAGCAACGUGAUUCCUUCAUUUUUCUUUUGCAUACCAAGUGCUGCAGCGAUGGGACGGUCGGCACUUCUAUACAGUACGGGCGCCAAAACACAGGUGGCUUGCCUUAUCUCUUGUGCAUUAAUUCUUGUGGUCAUCUAUGCAAUUGGACCUAUGCUGUACUGGCUGCCUAUGUGUGUGUUAGCAAGCAUUAUCGUGGUGGGCUUGAAAGGGAUGUUAAUGCAGUUCCGUGACUUGAAAAAAUAUUGGAAUGUGGAUAAAAUAGACUGGAUCAUAUGGGUUAGCACUUACAUCUUUACAAUAUGCUUUGCUGCUAACGUGGGACUGUUGUAUGGCGUUGUCUGCACUAUAGUAAUUGUGAUUUUCCGCUUUCCCAGAGCAAAGACACUGAAUCUGAAAAAUGUGAAAGAAGUGGAAUAUAGAUACAAACCAGAAGAUAACUGUGAAUCAUUAAAACAGGUAAAGAUAGUUUCAGUCAACAAUCCGUUAAUCUUUCUGAAUGCAAAAAAAUUUCACGCUGACCUGAUAAAGAUAAUCCAGAAGGAUGCCACGAACAGCCAGGCAUGUGAAGAUGUAAACAAGUGUGAGCAGAACAUGUUGCUCUGUUCAUUUUCCAAUGGAAGUUGUCAUGGUGAGUCAUUGCAGUCAUGUCACAGUGAGCGUCAUGUUUUGAUAUUGGACUGCAGUGGACUGAAUUUCUUUGACUACACUGGAGUCUCAGUGCUGCUUCAGGUUUACAUGGACUGUAAAAGCAGACACAUCGAUGUGUUGCUAGCACACUGCAAAGCUUCCUUGAUAAAAGCAAUGCAAUACGGUGGAAAUCUUGAGUCAGAGAGCCCUGUCUUCUUCGAAUCUAUUUCUUCGGCAAUCGAUGCCAUCCAGAUUCACAGGAAUUACAGCAAGUUCAGUGAACAGAGUGAAGUGUGA